UGGCAUGGGGUCCUCCUCAAAGUCAGCGGGCUGGGGCACCUCAUCCUCUUGGUGCUGGUGGUGGUGCUGAGCGUGCAGGCCUUUGCUGGCUGCAAGCUGUGCCCCCAGGACUGGCAGCUCCACGGGGAAAGAUGCUACUGGCUUUCCAAGGAAAAGGGAAGCUGGAAUCAAAGCAAGACAGGCUGCGAAAAUCAGAAGGCUCAGCUGGUAGUGCUCCGGGACAGCAAAGAAAUGGAUUACCUCAAGAACAUUACAGGCAGAGACACGCAGCCGGUGUGGGUCGGAUUAAUGUCAUCCCGUGAGGGUUGGAGAUGGGUGGACCGCACACCCUUCAACACCACAGUGUUUGGCACCCUGCAGUGGACGGCUAAGGGGUGCGGGACGCUGAAAGACAAAGCGUUGGAGGUCGAUAUAUGCGACGGUGAACACGAGUGGGUUUGCCAGAAAGACCCUUUCCGGCUCUCGCCAUCGAUGGCAGGAGAUGCAGAGAAAUUCGAUGGAGUUCGCUCCUCUCAGGCGUGGACGGCUAAGGGGUGCGGGACGCUGAAAGACAAAGCGUUGGAGGUCGAUAUAUGCGACGGUGAACACGAGUGGGUUUGCCAGAAAGACCCUUUCCGGCUCUCGCCAUCGAUGGCAGGAGAUGCAGAGAAAUUCGAUGAUGCCUCUGUCUGA